AUGGAUAGCUUUGCAUCUGAAGAAGAAGAAGAGAUUUCAUUCAGUGACAUGAACAAGAGCUUCCCCUUUGGCAUUGCUGAAAUGAUCGCUAGAAAUGAACAGAACGUCGCCUUUUCAAAUGGGAAUAAUGGAGUUUUCUUGACGUGGAAGGAGUUGUGGGUGACGGUGCCGGAGAAGAAAGGGGAUCGCAGGCCGAUCCUGCAAGGGCUCACCGGGUACGUGAGAUCCGGUGAGGUCUUAGCUGUCAUGGGUCCUUCUGGCUGUGUCAAGUCAACUCUUCUUGAUGCAUUAGCACGUACAUAAUUUUAUCGACUGUUCUGUCGAAAUAUUUUUUUUAUAUGGGAUCUCUAUUUUUGAGAUGUCUUCGUUUUGUAUUCUUUUUAUUGUGG